AUGGAUCUGGUACAGAAGGAGCAUGACCGGCUUCUGAAGAGGUUAAGGACCUCCCAGGGCAUCAAUAAUGUCCAGGCCACUAUUGAUCUACUCCUGUCUGCCCGAAAUACCAUUGCUGCCGACCCCAACCAGGCAGCAGUGACCUUGACCAAACUACAAAAUCCCGUCAAGGCAUCCUUCAACUCAAUCAAUGACAGUCUGAAAGAAACCCAUGGCGGCCUUAACAAAUACACAAAGUCCCUCGAUAAGCUCUUCAAGGAUAGGCCCCUCCCUAGCACUGAGCACGAUGUCCUCUCCGAACAAGAACACCUUAUCAACCGCGCCAUCGCCAUGCACCUCCUCCGCGAAGGUCAGUUCUCCGUCGCAGCCACCUUCCUCUCCGAAAUCUCCGAGAAGAAAGCCACCAUGCAUACCCACGAGUCCCCUUCCUCCUCCUCCGCGGCCGCCACCCCCGAAUCAGUCAGUAGCCUCUUCAACCUUGACGAGGUCCCCUCCCCGGAGAUCCGCAAAGAGUUCGCCUCCAUGUAUUAUAUCCUCUCUCAGAUGAAAGAGCAAAGGAACCUCCUCCCGGCCAUCGAAUGGUCUCGAGAGAAUCGCGAGGCACUAGAAGCCCGCGGUAGCAAUCUGGAAUUCGAACUGUGUCGCUUACAGUUUGUCUGGCUCUACCAUGGCGAGUCAGAUACCCCAGUAGGCAAUCAUAUCCCGGGCAACUGGAGCGCGGCUAUGGCCUACGCGAAGCGGGAGUUCCAUACUUUUCUCCCACGAUACCUCCGUGAGGUGCAGCAGUUGAUGGGAGCCAUGGCCUUUUGCCCGAACCUGCAGGGCUCGCCGUAUUCGGCGAUUUUCAACAACUCGUCGGCGUGGGACGAUGUGGCCCAGUUCUUUACUCGUGAGUUCUGUUCACUGCUAGGUCUGUCAGCGGACUCGCCACUUUACAUUGCCGCAACUGCCGGCGCGAUUGCGCUGCCUACACUGCUGAAGCUGCAGACAAUUAUGAAGGCGAAGCGCACGGAGUGGACGAGCGAGAACGAGCUACCGGUCGAAAUCUCACUUCCACCAUCUUACCUCUUCCACUCGAUCUUUGUCUGUCCCGUUUCCAAGGAGCAGGCCACUGAUCAGAACCCGCCCAUGAUGAUGCCAUGCGGGCACGUCAUCGCAGAAGAGUCUCUUAAGCGCCUCAGUAAAGGCAGCCGGUUCAAGUGUCCCUACUGCCCGAACGAAAGUCACAUGAAAGACGCCCGGAAGGUAUUCCUCUGA